AUGCUGAAUAGGCGGCCCAGCUCUAUUGAAGUGCGUAUCACCAGCCUUGAACCGAUCGCGGAGUCUGAUGGGGAAUACGGUACUGCUGGGGAGAGUGGGGUUCACGACAAAUGCGCUUUGGAAGCUCUCAACUACUCUGCAAUUUGCCGUUGUGGAAUCGAAAAUGGAUCUACUGGGAAGGAGGAGUCUGAGCGAGACGACUGUUUUAAAAUGUUUGUGUACACGGCUUCCGACUGUUCGUGGAAUCGGCAAUUGGGCGAACUGCUGGAAGAAAAAUUGGGAGAUUUUGGUCAUUAUUGGAUGUCGGUGAUGCACGGAGCUGUAUUGGCGUCGGUUGAUGGGGAGGAUUCGGAGGAGGCUGUUUAUAGGACUUUUGAAGGUAUACUCGAUAAUACGAAUUACAGUGUUGGGUUAGAAGCGGCAGCGUUCUGCGAGGAGUUCCGAGAGAAAUAUGGCAUUCGGGAGGAUAUGUUUCGGGAGUAUCUGCCAUCAACGGAGUGCUGUGUGCGUCGGUAUUUGUUUGGAAGGGUUGGUGGAAUUGUAUGGGAAGUAUACAGUCGCUACUACUCCCGAGAGGAUGCGGCGUUCGUGUCCCGGUGUGAGCAGUUGAAAGGAAGGUGUGGUAUGGACGAGCUUGUGGGGCAUAACCGUCCCCCUUGGACCUACACAGACGCGCCCGGUUUGGUUAUAGGAGACGAUGCACGAGUGAAAUCGGAGCCGUUGGAUAACGACAGUGGGAGAGCUUGUGGACCGCAGGAAGGGAGACGGGCUAAGCCGUUUUUGAAAGAGUUCGCGUACUCUACCAAAGGCAACUAUGGCGGUUUGUUCGAUCCCAACAUCGGCCGACUAGGAGAAGGUGUAGGGAAGGUUGCUGCUGAUCGAUCGAGGGAUGAGGAAGGGAAGGGUGCGGGGGAGAAGACUAGACCAACACCUUGGUGUACCCAACCUCUGACCUUGGACUACUUUGAUAAGAAAAUGGCGAAAGAAUCAAUUGGUAAAAUGCGAGGCAAGCAGGGCAAUAAGUGUCUUGAGGAUGUGCAGAGGUGGCAACGGUAUCAUCGGAGGAGUGGUAUAAAGUAUUGGGAGAAAGUCGAGAGGGAUUACCGUGCUCGAGUGAGGGACAGGGGAAAGUUAUUGAAGCGUGGUAUGGCAGCGGAUGCGGCUGAGAGGGAGGGAGCAGGGAGGGGUGAGGCUGAGGGGACUGCGGCUUCUAUCUUGACAACACCCUCUGAGCGGAGGAUCCUUCUAGCUGUUGGCGACCCCAGACAUUGGAGUGGUGAUGAUCGCUGUGGAGAUGUCCUCAGUGCCCUGGAGGCUGCUGGAGUCGAACCUGUGCUGCAUCUUAUCGAGAAGUUUACAGCCCCUUACCAACUACCUGUCAUCGCUCGAUCGGCCGAUGCAUGA